AUCUGAAUCCAAAAAUUCUUAGCAGCAGUUAUGGAGGAGUCUACGAGAAAAAGAAGAGAACUCGAAUCCGAAAUUCUUGAAAAGGUUGGAGAGGUUGUAUCUGCCAUUAGAGAAGCAAAAUAUGUCGACCAUGUUAUUUGUUCUCUGCACUCCAUUGCAGUUCAUCUUUUCCCUGUAGAUUCGUCUCGUCUAACAGGAUGCGUUGAUAGCCGCUUCAGGAAUCAGCUGCUCAGCGGCAGGAUUUCUUCCCCUUUUGAGAGGGAUGAAUGGUGGGAUGUUUUCUAUCAUGGAGCAGCAUUUCCGACUCUGGCUAGGGUUUUAAUAUAUAAUGUUGCCUUGGAUUGGCUAGCUUGUUUCCCUUUAUCAGCGCGGACACAUGUGUAUGAUUCAUUCUUUGUUAAAGGGCCUCCUUUUGAGGUUGUUCAGGCUAUAAUUCCUGCUCUUCUGAAGAAUGGAAUUAAAAAAGAUACUGAUCUUAAUGUUGUCUGCUCAAAUGUGGAAAGAAUUCUGGUGCUAUGCUUGCUCGACCACAAUGGCGUGCUGCAGAUGGCUAGAGAUUUUGGUGGUUCUUGCUCUUCAGAAAAAUUUACUAAUAAGCUGCUCAAACCGGACAUGUUGGUCUUCACAUCUAUGAUUGCACAGCUCGUUGCAUCUAUUCCUGACAAGGCACGAUUGGGAGCCCCAGCUGCGCUCUCUUCAGAUCAGUUCUUUAAGCAGGUCAUCAUUCAGCUUCUUGCUGGAGCAGAAGAAAGGUCUGUUGAAAUAUGUUAUAAUGAAGAGGCAUUGGAUCAAAGUGUUUCAGAUGGGACCUUCUUAUUUGUUGGGGAAACAUUUUCUCGUAUCUGUCGACGGGGAUUUGCAGAUAUAUUGCUAGCAGAAGUGAUCCCUCGUAUUCUUGGACAUAUUCGGGGUUGCUUAUCAUCGGAUGUUGAUAUUAUAGACCACAAUCUGUUCAAAUCAAAAACAAACUUCCAGUUCUGGUUUAAGAUGAUUGAGACAAUAAAAGACUCAUAUGCUGUGGAAAGAUUGUCUGAACGGUUAUUACAUCAGCUCGCAACUGAACAUAUUACUGAUAUUGAAGCUUACUGGACCCUAUGGAUAUUGUUUCAUCGAACUUUUAGAAAUCAAGCAUCAAUAAGAUCUAUUUUUGUUGACAAAUGUUUACUCUGGAAAGUAUUUCCUGUCUGUUGCCUGAGGUGGAUUCUUCAGUUUGCUGUUCUUGAUUGCCCUCCAAGUUCUGAUUCAUUGACAAAAGGUCAAAAUACUCAAGGCCUCAUCGAUAUAGUGCAGCGUCUGGUUGGGGUUUGGUCUAAACGUCAAUUUGUACAAUCAGCUGCAAUGGAGCAACAAACAUAUGUAACUGCGGCAGUCGGCCUAUCCUUGGAACAAAUGUCGAAAGAAGAACUAGAAACAACCAAGGAUGUGAUGCCCUUAAUCCUUCAGGGAGUUAGCUGUAGGCUAGAGAGCCCAGUUACUUUAGUGCGGAGAAUGGCUAGUUGUAUAGCUUUGGUGUUUUCUAAAGUAGUUGACCCGAAAAAUCCUCUUUACCUUGAUGACAGUUGUAGCGGGGAGACUAUUGACUGGGAAUUUGGGUUUAAUAGACAACCAAAACGAAUUCCAGCUAGUUCAGAUUGCGUAGAAAAGGCCGAUGAUGAAGUGAAAAGUUUUGUGUCUGAGCUGAACAAGGGAAUCAGUGGUGCUGCUGAUGGCAGGAAAAAUAACAAUGUGAAGGGUAGGUACAAGAAAUCUGAGUUAAAGCUGGUUGAUCCAGAUGAGAUUGUCGACCCAGCGACUCUAAACAAUGACUACUCCUCUGAUGAAGACAAAGAUGAUGAUGAUUAUGAUGAUGACAGUGAGAAUUCUGAAUGCCUAAGCGACUCAUCUUUGCAACCAUAUGACUUGUCUGAUGAUGAUGGAGACUUAAAAAAGAAAUUCUCCCAGCUGGUCGAUCUAGUUGGAGCAUUACGCAAACCUGAUGAUCCAGACAGUGUGGAAAGGGCACUUGAUGUUGCUGAGAAGCUUGUAAGGGCAUCACCCGAUGAGCUUCAACAUGUAUCUGGUGAGCUUGUGAGAACAUUAGUGCAGGUCCGUUGUUCUGAUUUCACCAUUGAAGGAGAGGAAGAUUCAGCAGAAGGAAAGAGGCAACAAGCACUGGUUGCAUUGCUCGUUACAUGUCCAUUUGAAUCUGUUGCUGCUGUAAACAAAUUAUUGUAUUCACCUAAUGUGGAUAUCAGUCAACGAAUUCUGAUACUUGACGUCAUGACUGAUGCAGCACAAGAGCUUGCUGAUGCUAUAAGCAAUAGACCGAGACAUCCGCAAGGGAAUUUAAUAUCGACUUCAGAGCAGCCAUGGUUCUUACCUCAAAGCAAGGGGCCUCUUGGAGCAGGCUCUUGGAAAGAGGCCUCGGAAACAGGAACUUCAUUGAGUUGGUCAUAUCGCUAUGAGAGGAAUCUUCCAUUGAAACCUAGUCAGAUAAAAAUUGGGAAGUCACGUAGAUGGAGCCUCCGAUCAGAAAAGAUGCAACAAAAUCAGUUGGAAUAUUCAAAAAAUAAGUUUCCCCUAUAUGCAGCAGCAUUUAUGCUCCCAGCUAUGCAGGGGUUUGAUAAGAAGAGGCAUGGUGUUGACUUGCUUGGUGGGGACUUUAUCGUUCUUGGGAAACUUAUCUACAUGCUUGGUGUUUGUAUGAGAUGUGUAGCCAUGCAUCCAGAGGCAAUGGCUUUAGCUCCUGCCCUUCUCGACAUGUUAAGCUCUAGGGAGGUUUCACAUCAUGUGGAAGCAUAUGUCAGAAGAUCAGUGCUGUUUGCAGCUUCGUGCAUAUUGGAGGCACUUCACCCUUCUUUUGUAGCAUCUGCUUUGGUUGAAGGCAAUGCUGAAAUAUCUAAUGGACUUGAAUGGAUACGCACAUGGGCCCUGCAUGUUGUUGAAUCAGAGACGAAUACUGAAUGCUCAACAAUGGCACUGACAUGUCUCCGACUUCAUACUGAGAUGGCUCUCCAAGCUUCUCGAGUGCUUGAAUCCACAGACAAUACAUUCAAGGCAAAAGGCACUGAUGUCUCAACUAAUCUUUUGAAGGGGGAAAUCAAGAUAACCUACUCAAACAUGGGAUAUCAAAUUUGAAGCUCUGGUGUAAUUUUUGUAACUCGUUCAUGUUCAGCAGUGGCUAAUCAGUGUGUAGAUAAAUUGUAUACUAGUUGUUAAUUAAUGAGAUAUCUUGAGGC